AUAAAGCGGGCAGCUAAUAAAAAAGCAGCGGGGCCAGAUGAGGUGCCAAAUGAGAUGCUCAAAUUCCUGCCCACACAACUGCACCACAGCAUGCAUCACAUGUUUGUCACAAUGUGGCUCACAGGAGCAACGCCCAGCCCUUGGAAACACAGUCAUACCAUCAUGUUGUACAAAAAAGGGGACCCCACCAACCCGGCCAACUACCGACCGAUCGGCCUGGCCCGCACGGUGUACAAGCUAUGGACCGCGCUGCUGACUGCGGUGAUGUCCGACUAUGCCGCACAACACGCCAUCAUC